AAAGAUAAUAGAAAAGUGAAAUAGGAAACAGAUGUAGGCUGGCUUUAGAGUGUAGUACAGUGCAGUAUUACUGUACAGAUUUGGUUUAGCUGUCUUUGUUGGGUGUAGGGGCUGUGGAAGGCAGGCCGGUGGAGCAAAAACAGGAUGUGGCAAAGUGGUUUCAUAUUCAGCACAGCUUUUUGAACAUGAUGCACUCUUUUGAUAGGUUCAGAUAUCACUGUUGUAAUAUGUAAUUAAGUCCUUCGUUUGGGGGUUGAUUAAAAAGAAAUAUAGAUCAGGGUUUAGCUCUUAGGCUGCCUUCGGGUUCAUGUACACCACCAGACUUGUUUUGUUGGUUUAUAUGUCCAAUAAAGCAAAAUCAAACCAAAUUAACAAACUUCCAACUGAAAAAAAAAAAAGAAAACUAUAUAUAUAAGUUCAUUCACAGACCUGUGCAACAAGUAAUGAGACAUGCAUGUUCUGCACGUGUACUUCACAGACUUCACACCUGCAGUUUCCAAGUGACUUGUCAACCUCGCAAGGAACAAAUUCAAAUUUGCACCUUCCUCUUUCCAUAAAUAAUUGUGCGUUUUCUUAUCUGUGCUCAUCACCACACCCCGUCAAAGUCUCUCUUUAAUCUCUGCUCUCUCCGCCCCCUUGGAGGGCUUCAGCGAGCACUUUCUGCAUCACAUGUCAUGCAUCACCCCCCUGCUGUCUCUCUCACUCACUUUUUUUCUUCUUCUUCUUUUUCUUCUCAGCGCGAACGCUGUCGCACUUGUUCUAACACACCCUAAAUGACACAAGUCAGCCUCUUUGCCAUUCUUCACUCUCCAGCAACACAAACAGUAUCUCUCACUCACAACUUUGGAAACCAGCAAACGCUCUGAGCGGUCUGCAAAGCUUCCUGUCAUCCUAGUGAACACAAUUUAGAGUUUAACAAGGGCAGACUUCCUGUAACAUCUCCAGUAUCCUGAGUAUAAAAUUCACCAAUGGAUCUCCUGAUGACAAGUUCACAGCUGCUUUGAAAGCACCAGGAGUUUGUGACUGUAAAGUUCAGCCUGUAACUGAGACUCCAAACCAUCCAGGAAUUUCUUUUCUUUAAUUCAACUGUAACUUCUUCCUAAGGAGGUAAUGCACAUUUUUAAUUACAUUUAAUUGUAGCAAAGUCAGCUUUGUGUCAUUGCAACGAGUUAAAAGUGGACUGACAAUGAGUUCAGAAGCCCUACACAAAGUCUGUGGCAGACUCUCGGUUUCCAUAGUUUAAAAGUGCAAAGAGAGAAACAGCUUUCUGCUUUUGUGUUCCCUCAAGUGCUCACACUGCAUUGUUUUAAGUGAUAAGGCACACCCUUGCUAAAAUAAACAGUGAAAGCUGCUCUUAAAGCUAAAAAUGUACCUAUUUUUAGAAGUGCUUGUUUUGUGUGUGUGUGAUAAACAGUGUUAAUGACUUUCUUGCCAAGAGUUUGAUAAAAAAAAAAAACCAUAUUACUGUCAUAUGUAGAAAUAUGAAGAUGAUGCAGACAGUUAGCUUUGCUAAGCAGUGUUAGAAAAAAAACACACAGCUUUUGUGUUUGAAAAAAGGCCUAAAGCAGCUGUAAAUCUUGCUUGCUUGCUAUUUCUUUUUUUAAUUUGCACCACAACGCAACUGUCAGAUUUAGUUUGUUGUGUCAGAAUGAUUCUUAGCUGGUGUUCUUGGGACCGAAGCAAACUGUAAUGCAGCAAACGACUGAAACAAACUUUCAAAAGUGGAUAUAAGUGCCAAAAAUUGCGUGUUUGUCACUCUAGAAUUUUGAAAAUUUCUAAUUUAUGCAAUUUGAUCAUCAUUUUCGGCCGUUUCACUGCAGAAUUUCAACUGGUGGAUAAAGUUCACAGGUUUGUCUCUUUUUGACUAUAAGAGAGUCAAAUUUAUGAGUUAAAAAAUGUCUUCGGAGCGCCUUUGUAAAAUGAAAUAAUUGCAAUGACACAUGUUCAUCCAACUUUAAACCACCAGCUAACCUGACAAGCAGUUCUGCCCAGACCCAGAACCUGCUUACUGUGAGGUGAUUAAUGCGCAGCUAUCCGUUACAAUGGGUCUCUCAUUUAACGAAUCAAGCUAGACUAUGAAAGGGACAAGGUUAGUUAGUACUUGACCACGGUUUGCUCCUGCUAGACCGAGCAGUCUUUCCACUGCAAGCUCCACCCACAGACACAUUUUAAUGCUCACAUACAAAUCCAGAUAAAUAUAUAUCACACCUCACACCCUGUUGGCAAGUUAUUGAUUGAAUGCAUAUGAUUUCACAUUAAGAUCAUUCAAAGAGACAAGGCUUGCUUGAAAGAGAUUUUACUUGGCUAUGUCAACGACCAUCUUGAGUUUUCAAAUGCCUAAUGGGUUUUAUGAAGAAAAAAAAUCAUAUAGGAAUUUAUACAUCAGCUUUGCCCCUUGUGUCCACCUGUGACUGAUUUCCUUGUACUUCACCCUUCGUACUUAGCUAGUCUAUCCGAUUUCAGGCUUCAAUUAAACGAAAUUAGAAUAAUGUAAAAUGUCAUUUUUCUAAUUUGACUUGGUAAGAAUGUAAACAAACACAUUUUCUGAAAUCCUACAUCACCAAAAGAUUUAUGAAAAUGAACUGAUUCCCCAUGUGUGUUCAUACUAAUUCUGAACCUCUUCUCUGUCUUUCCUUCAGGAAUGGACAGCAAAACUAAGGUGGUGGCCCUUGUUGUCACCCUAUUACUCCUCCUUGUUGUGCUCUUUGUACUGUACAAGAAGCUGAACAGGGAGGCUAAAGGGGAAUAUACAGUCCGACGCAUUGUCUACAAGGAAGGAGGUCUCAGGGACCAGGCGAGAAGUGCAGCGUUAGCUGUGGGGGCACGUCUUGGGGUCCAGCUGUGGCCUGGAAGUGAUGAAGAAGAGGAAGGGGAGGAAAUGCAGGAAGUCCAAGAUGAAGAAGAACAGGUGGACAGUGGUGGUAGUCAGGAGAGUGACACAGAGGGAGAUGAAGAGGAGGAGGACAACGACACUGGUAAUGCUAAGGAGAAAGAAAGUAAUACUUCAAAUGAUGACUCAAGUAUUGGGAGUUCAGAGGCAGGAGAGCAAACCAAACUUAACGAUGAGUCUGAGCCAGAGGGAGAGACGGAAGAUAAAAGUGAAGAAAAGGAGGAGAAAGUGGGAGAAGAGCAGAGUAAAGCUGAGGCAAGUGGAGGGCCGGGAUUGCUGAUAGAUCUAAAGCAGUUCUCUGGAAGUGCGAUCUGGUCUGAAGAAGGUGGUGAGGGUAAAGGUGACGUGACAGCGUUGUGAGAAUCAGAAAUAAUGAAUAAGACUGAGGAAACUGCCAAAUCAGGAUUUCACAAACACCAGCUUCAUCCCCUAAAUGUCUCCCCACUGCAAAUUCCUUCUAUUAGUCUAAAAAAAUAAAAUAAAAUAAAAGAUACAUGCACCCACCCAUUAAACCCAAAGAGCUUUUAACUCUCAUGACCUCACUGACCUUGCUUUCCUCUGGUCAAAUUUUUUUGAUGAAUAAAGCAGUUAUAUAAACAUACAGGGGUGCUCUAGAUUGUAACUGUAAAGUGUAAAAAAAAAAACAAUACUUGUCUAUACUCUUUUGCUUUAAAUGUUUAUUUUAAUUUACAUAAGAAAUUGAAAACUGGAAACUUUUUUUUAGUGUUUUCUGCUCUGUUUUUUGUUGUUCUUUAUGCCGUUUGUAGAAAUAAAAAAAGAGUAGUAAUUAAAUAUAGUGAGAACAAAAUAAUGCUUUAUUUGUUUUAUUGAAAACAAGUGAAUGUAACCGAUCAAACUUUAAGUCAACAUACAUUUUAUAUGGUGUGUAAAUGGUUGAAAAUUUAAUAAACCACAUACUGAAAAUACGAAUGAAUUGUAUACUUUAAAAAUAUAUAAAACAUGCAGUAAUGCUAUCAGCGGAAGCAUGUGUAUAUAGCGUGAUCAUAGCAUGACGAAGCUAAAAUUCUUCCGUGUUUUAUGUUUUUAGGGUUUUAGAGAAAAAACAUGCUAGCGGUAAGCCACAAGUUUCCUGUUGUAUGCAUUAACCGGAGCAAAUACAUAUGAAUAACAAUAUAACUUUCAAUAUUAAAGUCGUAAUUACACCAAAAUCAGCCACAAUAGCGGUACAGCCAUGAGUUACAGAUAAAUGCUCUCCUUGUUGAUUAUUCAGCCAAUGGGGAUGUAGCUCAGUGGUAGAGCGCAUGCUUCGCAUGUAUGAGGUCCCGGGUUCAAUCCCCGGCAUCUCCAAAGAUUUUUUUUUCAACUUUUAUUUCCGUAUAAGUUGUAAAUGUUAUAAAGUGCAAUAUUGUCACAGAAGUCACAGAAGAAGAGGUAAAAAAUUUUAAAGCAAUACGGCAUAACUAUAUACCAAACACCGUCACCUCAAUGUGUGCGCGAGGUGAGGUAGGUUUGCGAUUGGCCCAAAGCAGCCCGUGCUCGAAUGUGAUUGGACGGUGGAUGCCUUGGAGGCGUGGGGGUGUUCAUACACGCGAGCGUCAAAGAUUUAUUUUCACCCGUCCAGUACCUGAUAGUUAAGUGAGAGCUGGUCGAUGGAGGCAUUUUGGAUGAGCCAAUAAGUAAAGCUAACUCCAAACUUAGUGUUCCGAAAAUUUAUUAGAGCGAUUAUGUAACACGGACACGGGAUUUUACCUCAUUCUUACAGUUAUAUUGGUGGAUCAAUACUAAACAAACUACUCUACAAAGCAGUGUUGUUGUUUGUUUGUUUUUACAGGAGGAGACGAUUUAACGGGGUAAAUAUUAAAAAUCUAUUUUUAAAAAAAAAAUCCUCCGUUUUUUGUCUGAUUAUAUAUAUUUUUUAAAAAUCUUACAGUUUACUAUGAAAGUCGGUUCAUGACAGUAACCUAGUUCACCACCGCCGCACCACCGUGAGCAUCCAAGUUGCAUUUUCUCCUCUCACCCAAACUUGACUGUGGCUGAGAAUUGAUUUCGGUAGACGUCACUCAUCUGCAUAGGGAGUAAAAUGCAACCAUCCUGGAAGGCUUCUGUUCUGUCUUUGCUUCCACGAAACGCUCUGUAUCUCCCCCGUGCAAUAAAAGGACCUAAUAAUUGCUGCACCUCCGAAACUACAAACAUGGAAGGAGUAGGAUGUUACUAGCAUCCGCCGUAGUGGUAUGGGAAUGGCUGAACGAGCACGGACGCUGGCGGCCCUACAGCCCGGCUGUCUGUCAUCACAUCGAGGCAGUCAUCCGGAGCGACCCGCGCUGUGGUAGUGUCGUCCUCGGCCAGGUGGACUCUCGCCUCUCGCCCUACAUCAUCGAUUUGCAUUCCAUGCACCAGUUCCGACAGGACACAGGUACCCUAAGACCGGUGCGACGCAGCUUCUACGACCCCACAUCAGCGCCAGGCCAGGGCUGGUUGUGGGAGUGGGAGAACGACGCUGGCAGCUGGACGGCAUACGACACUGAGGUGGGCAUUGCAAUCCAGGCAGCGCGCGACCGUCAGCAGCCCUGGCUGGACCUGGCGCCGCUGGGUUUCUGCUACCUCAUUGACUUCGAAAGUAUGACCCAAAUCAAUGGGCAAACGCAGCGCUGCAGACGCAUCCAGCGCCGUUCUGAUCUGGCUUACCCGCUGGUAUCUGGGCCACUACCCAAGUCUCACCAUGCCUGGGGGCCAACGUCCAUGCCUGGACACGGAGGACUUCUAGGUGUUGAUGUAUCUGGAGUGGGCAUGGGGAUCCGGAUGAGCAGCAGUGGGACUGGAAACGGGAGUGCGUACCCCAGCGGGGCGCUCCCGGCUUCAGCCAUCACUUCCUUGGGACAGCCAUGCGCCUGUCAGCAGUGUAUGCUGGUGCUAAGUGUCAAAGCAGGCACUAUGUCGACCGCUCACACUCUCGGUCGAAGACCACCACAGACUAAACCACCAAGUCCCAAACUAAGCAGCCUCCCCAUCCCAGGAGGCUCUUAUUCACUAACCCUCCCUCGGCCUCCAACCCUGUCGAGGUCGCUUUCGCCCCACAGGACAUCCAUGGUUGGGGCGACAGGUGGAUUCAACAUAGGUGGUAUGGGAGGUGCAGGAGGUAUGAGCAUGGUUGGUGCUAGCAGCGUCGGCACUACGAGCCUUGGCUACGGAGGAGGCUUCACCCAUUCUCUUUCCCUUCUUGGGUCAGCCACAGCUGGUCUCUCCAUCUCCUCCACAAGGCCCCCACCUCCUCCUCUCCCACCACCGCUGCCACCGCCCCCCCCGCCCUCCACUACGCUAUCAUCUUCCACCACCUCCACCCCCCACCCUUCCACCUCUGUCUCCUCUCUCUCCAUUUCCUGUUCUGCCCCCGCAGCACCUGCCUCAGGGCCACCUCUCAUCUCCACAGCUACAUCCACCUGCACCCCAUCACCUUCUGCCCGUGUCCUGGGUCCGGUGUCUUCAUCCGGCGCAGCCGCGGCUGCUGCCUGCGCGGCGCCCCUGCCACCUCGGUCUAGCCUCGCAGGGCUGAGCCGUCCGGCGCUGCAGCGUAUCGCCAUGGCUCAGUCGCGUGCCCUUAUCGCCUCUGGAGUGCCAACAGUUCCAGUGAAGAACCUGAAUGGAUCCAGUCCUGUACAUCCUGCACUGGCAGGCAUAACAGGCAUCUUGAUGAGCGCAGCAGGGCUUCCUGUCUGCCUGACCCGCCCUCCCAAGCUGGUGCUUCAUCCUCCACCUGUCAGCAAGAGCGACCUCAAACCUGUCCCGGGGUUGGGCCACUGCUGUCGCAAGACCACAAAGAAACAGGCCCGUAAAGGCAAGACUCCAGAGGAAGUGGUGAAGCGCUACCUCCAGAAAGUGCGAAACCCCCCAGAGGAGGAUUGCACCAUCUGUAUGGAGGCCUUGCCCGGACCAUCGGGCUACAAAGGUCCUGGUGUGGGUGGCAUCUCCAGGGCCGAGUCGGUGGGUCGUCUGGCACAAUGCGGUCACCAGUACCACCUGCAGUGCCUCGUUGCUAUGUACAAUAACGGCAACAAGGACGGCAGCCUGCAGUGUCCCACGUGCAAGACCAUUUACGGAGUAAAGACGGGCAACCAGCCACCCGGCAAGAUGGAGUACCAUGUCAUCCCGCACUCCCUGCCUGGCCACCCAGACUGCAAAACCAUCCGGAUCAUAUACAACAUCCCUCCUGGCAUCCAGGGCCCAGAGCACCCAAAUCCAGGCAAACCCUUCACUGCACGUGGGUUCCCCAGACACUGCUACCUUCCUGACAGCGAGAAGGGACGCAAGGUUCUGAGGCUGCUUCUGGUAGCGUGGGAUCGUAGGCUCAUUUUCUCUGUGGGUACGUCAAGCACUACAGGUGAGAGCGACACGGUCAUCUGGAACGAGGUGCAUCACAAGACCGAGUUCGGCUCCAACCUCACGGGCCACGGGUACCCCGACCCCGGCCACCUGGACAAUGUCCUCGAAGAGCUCAAAGCUCAGGGCAUCACCGAGGAGGAGUGUCUACCCAGAGACUGAGCAGAGACAUUCACAGCACUGAAGACACUAGAAGAUACCAGGCGUGAGUCUUUAAACACAAUCCUGGGACGGGGAUCCGCAGCUAGACGGACCAGUUCUUUUCAAAGUGUGACGAAACGAACAGAGGAAACUUUUACACCAGAUGAUGGAGAAGGACUAUAAAACAAAAGCCCCAACAGAAAUAGCUUCAGCAGAAUUUGCUGCGACUCAAUUUUUUUUUUCUCUUACGACUGCAUGAGUCAGUUUUGAUACGUACGUGGGGAAUCAUUUUCUUUCCUGAUGCAGUAAUGGUGUCAAGGUUGCCGAUGUUACUCAGUGAGACAUUUGAGACCACUGUGCACAUACGAGUCAUUGUUAGUUUGUGGGGGGGGGGAACAAAAACUGUCAUUUAUACUGUCAGACUUCAUAUCAAGAAUGUAACUAACUGAUUUUGUUUUUCUUAAGUGAUGAAGUGUUUACCACUCCUGCUGCUGCUGAACCGAAUGGAAGUGAAAUUUAAGAAAUUAAUGUGGGUUCGUUUUUAAAGUGUUAGUCCACAAGCAGAAGCAGAUAAAUCCUCCAAAUGUUUGACUGGAUAUCUGAGCAUGGAUAUUUGCUGACCUCUAGUGGUACUUUUCCAGAACUACAUUCCUUUUUAGGUUUGAUUUUUAACUUGUGUUCUUGUAUGUUAUGAAUACUUCAUAUAUUAUAUGAUAUCGGUUCCAUUAAUCCAUGUUUUUUAUACUAUAAUUUCACAUUUUGUUUAAUAUGCUGUGUUCCAUUGUAUUGUUUUUGGGUUUGGCUUGACAGACAAAGACAUGGGAGGGAAGUUUAGAUAAGCUGCUGGUGUACCAGAGUUUGCCUGAUACUUUAUAUGCCAUUUACCAGCCCCUUUCUUUAAAAACAAUCAUUUUUUUUAGUAUUUUUCUAUUUAAGAAAUAAGCUGACAUUCCUGAAUCCUUUGACCCUGAGAGCAUGGGUGUAUUUAACAGCUUUCUAUGUCUUCUUGUAUCUGCAUUAAUGUUAAUGACUGAUAGAGGAAACCCUAUCGUGGAUUAAUCCAUUACCCCCCUAGGAGGCGUAAAUUCCCCAAAAGCUAGGAUUGGACCUCCUGCCUGAGCUCAGAUUUGCACAGUGUUUUUUACUUAGUGUCAAAAGGAAACAGCUUGUAUCUACUGUAUUUUUUUCCUUUUAUUGUGUAGGAUACACACCAGCCUCAAAUGCUCUAAUCACACUACAGAAUGUGGUCAGCGGUUGUAUUUGUCAUGUUUUGUUUUUUGCCAUGCGCGGUCUAAAAGACUUACCGUAUCUUGAUGUGGGUCCAGCUUGGGCCAAAGUGGUCCACUGUGGACCAGGUUGUUAUGUUAAAGAGAAAUGCAGCAGUAUGUGUCAACAUACUAAUGUAGGCCAACAUCAAAAGCAUUUUUACUUUAUGAUAUUUUAUGUAUGCACUGUAUUCUAUGUAUAUGUUUUAUGUGCAUAAAUUUGCAUUAAACAUUUUUCUAAGGUUCAAA